CCAUGCCGGCCCUGGCAGGCGUUUAUUGCAAUGUAUUUCCGUAAUGUGUAACCCGGCCAACGUAAAUGUGAUGCUGAUGGGUAACGUCAUCAAUUACUGUCUACAGUAUAGUGAUAACAGGAAUGUUUACUAGUUACAAAUUUCAGUUACAUAAAUUAGUGUCAGAGUCAUUAUCUGUUAUGGGUUAAAUUGCCCACGGUAAUCACAGGUACGCGCGGGUCAGCACGCCCAUUAAACGCAACCGUUUGCGUACAAUAAAGUCCAAAGAUCUUCAAGCAGGUAACAAAAGCGGCGAACCCGAGGGAUUCACUGUCCAGUUUGCCCAGCUCUGCAUUGCGCACCGGCCCGUCUUCCAUAAGCGAAUCGUUUAUGCCCCUAUUUGAGGUGACAGAAUUUGAAAUGAAGAGCAUUCUGAAGGAGAAAACUCACAAGACUCGCAGGGUGAGGAUGGAGGGCACGACACAGAGCCACUCCAUCAGCGCCGUGCGCUGGUCCGUUCCCCAGGAGGAACUCCAGGCUCACAGCUCUGCCCCUAUCAGCCUGGUCAAGAGUUCCACCUGCAUGCAGCAUAAUUCCAGGCACCAGGGCCUGAGUAAUUUACGCAGCCUGCAAGAGUGCGUCAAGUUCAUCAAUGAGUGGAAGGAGAGGGUGGUGCAGAUCUGCAAGGAGCCUGAUGGCGAGGAGGCGUCGUGCAGCAAGCAGCAGCAGCAGCGCAGCCUGGAGGAACGUAGCCUGGAGGAGAGCCGCAAGCUCAUUCUGCAGUGGGCGGAGGAGCUGAAGAAUGUGGACAUGCUGUUCGAACAGGCCGAGACUCAGGGAAAGGACAGUGUGGAGGGCAGAGAAGAUGACAAGAACACCAAUGACCAGGAUCUUGUGGAGCAGAGGAUCAUGGGAUGGGCCAGAGAGCUGCAAACUGUGUCAGAGAACUGCGGGGUCCCGAGUGACGAGCUGUCGCAGACACUUCGCCACAUGGGACUGAGGAAGAAGAGGCUUGUGCACCUCCUCCCGCUACUGGAGUUCAUCACCUGGUCUUUGCUUAAGGAGGACAGUAAGGGCAUCGUCCCCCAGGUCUGGCUGUCGGCCAAGCAGCACACCUGGAAAGCGGGGACUCCGAGAUACAUCCCGAAUUCAGUUUGGGACUGGAUCUGCAACGCUGAAGAUGACGUCACGCUGGAUCCCUUGAGCAGCCACCCCUGGCUGCUGCUGUCAGACGACCGCAAGCGCGUGCAGGAGGCGCUGUCUGAAGCCACGCUGCCCCCCAGCAGGCAGCGUUUCGACGGCUGGCCCUGCGUCCUCGGCUGGGAGGGCUUCUCCUCUGGCCGCCACUACUGGGAGGUGGACCUGGCCAACAGCGGCUACUGGCGCCUGGGCCUGACCACCGCCUCAUCCCGCAGGCAGGGCCGCUUCCCCAUGGCCCCGGCGGCCGGCUACUGGGUCCUGUGGCGCAGCACCCACCACUUCUACGCCUGCACCAAGCCGGAGACGUCACUGCCCGUGGAGCUGGUUCCGCGCAGGGUGGGCGUCUACCUGGACUACGAGGACGGGCAGAUCUCUUUCUUCGACGUCAAGAACAAGUCGCACAUCUACACCUUCACCGGCACCUUCCGCGAGAAGCUCUACCCGCUGUUUGCGCCCCUUGAUGGCAGGACGCUGAUCACCAUCUCCUCCGUGAAAUCUGCCGCCGUCCCCUAAGUGCUCAACUGGGAACAUCCCAGUAAAUCGAGUACAGUAAGCCGCUCUGGAAAUCCACACUUAUUGGCCACUUUAUUCAGGGAACCCUACACCUUGUACUGGGUAGGACUCACUUCUUCCUCGCGAUGCUUUUCAGCUGGGUGUUCAGGGAAGCUUAUCUGCACAGCACUGUUGUACUGAGCUAUUAUUUUUGCUUCUGGGAGUUAUACUUACACAAUAAUGUUCUGAGGGCAGAAUGAAAAAUGAUUGGUUCAGAGCCGAUAGAUAACUAAUCAGAUUGUUGAGGAGGUGGGACCAGGCAACUAGAGUAAGCACAACCAAGACAUCUGAUUUGUUGAUUAUACCCCCUCUAGUUGCUCCUCUAGUUGCUCCUCUAAUUACCUUCCCUACAAUCUGAUUGUUUAUCUCUCUGAACCAAUGAUUUUUCAUUCUGCCCUCAGAACAUUUUUGUGUAAGUAAAACUUUCACAAGUGUUAAUUUUGCACUUAGAUUUCAUUUGAUAAACUUCAUUGAACCUAGCGGGAAUUUUUCUUACGGUCUUCCUGUUACCUUUAACGAGUCUGGCUAUUCUUCUCUGACCUCUCUUAUCUACAAGAUGUUUUCAGCCACAAAACUCUCAAUGACUGGAUGCUCUCGGUAAACUCUGGCCACUGUAGUGUCUAGGAAGACAGGUGGCUGGUUCUGAGAGGCUGGGACCACCAUGUACGGUAACUAACAAGCACUCCAUGUUUAAAAGUCCUCAGAUCAUGUCUUAGCUGUUCUGAUUGGCUGCAUAGCCACUGAACCUCUUGACUCUGUCCGUGUGCUAUAUGUAUUCAUUUGUAGCCAUGCGAUUGGCUGUUCAGAGGGCUGUUUGUGUUAACGAGCAGGCGUGCGGAAUGAAAUGGCCACUGAAUGUAAGUUCCUUGUAUUGUCACCAAAUAAAGCACCGAAGAGAUAAAUAAUAUCAAGCAUAAAAAUUUGCAGUUAAGAAAAAUAUAGAUAAAAGCACAGUUUUAAUACAGCCUUGCACAAAUAGCCCGAAUGUUUUAAACCAUAACUUGAGCUUAAUAUAUAUUCCACAUGGUGACGGAAAUUGUCACUUUUUCUGGGUCAAACAUGUAUAGUGUAAAUAACAUGUACAAAUAAAUCAACUGUUACUUCUUCUUUACAGUUGUCUCAGCGCUCUGCAUCACCCUGUAUGUUAUAUGUUCCUUAUCUUUGUAGUAUGCUAACCCCUAAAUGUCGACAAUCCCGUCUCUGGUGGGAGUAUAAGGACACUGACGAUUGACUGCUACUCAUGACUUUCUCUCAUGGGCCGGCCUUGACUGGUCAUAACAUUUACCAUGUAUUCAGAAUGAGAAUGUUGUGUAUGUUGAUAAAGAAGCACUAAUAAAAGUACAUCUGGAACAGAGAACGGCUUGUGGACUGACACUAAAUGCAUGGUAUGCUGCUAAAACCUAUCAUGUCAAUCAUUGAGGGGUUUUGAAAUAUACAAAGCCUUGGUUACAGUAACUAAGUGAACAGGGGAAUUCCCUCUGACUGUUUCCUCCCAAAGUCCAAGAAGUCAUUCACAGCUCCAUGAACUUAUUGCUUGGGACAAAGUUUUGCUUAUAUUGGUGUGUCAGGCCGGUGAAUGUGCACAAAUGGCCAAAAUUGUGGCGAUACCAAGCAUUUUUGGCAUUAAGCUUUAAGACUUUCUACACAGAUACUGACGGAAAUGUUUAUAAACAAUCAAAGAAUGGUACAAAUACCAUAA